AUGAGCAGUGGAUUCAGAAAACAGCCUGCAGGGUUUGCUACAAAAGCCAUUCAUGUUGGUCAGGAUCCAGAGCAAUGGAAGAGUAUGUGUGUGAUUCCUCCCAUAUGCUUGAGUACAACAUAUAAACAAGAUGGUCCAGGCGAGCAUAGAGGUUUCGAGUACUCAAGAAGUGGAAAUCCAACCCGCCAGGUAUUGGAGAAAUGUCUGGCUUCCCUUGAUAAUGGUAAAUAUGGGCUUACCUUUUCUUCUGGAUUAGGAGCAUCCACGGCUGUUUUAAGCAUGCUCUCAGCUGGCGAUCAUGUCGUUCUUGGUGAUGAUAUCUAUGGUGGAACCAAUCGUUUAAUAAGACAAAUUAUUACUCGAUUUGGCAUAGAAUCAACAUUUGCCGAUCCCACCAAUUUGGAUGAGUUCAAGGCAGCUAUUAAGCCUAAUACCAAGCUAGUUUGGGUUGAGACUCCCACAAACCCCAUGAUCAAAGUCGCUGAUAUUCAAGCUUUGAGUGAUAUUAUACACAAAAGUGGUGAUAUCAUUUUUGCUGUUGACAACACCUUCUUGACCUCGUAUUUCCAAAGACCCUUGGAAUUGGGAGCUGAUUUAGUAUGUUAUUCCUUAACAAAGUAUAUGAAUGGCCACACUGAUGUUGUUAUGGGUGGCGUUACAAUGAAUUCCGAAGAUUUAUACGAUCGUUUGAAAUUCUUGCAAAAUGCUGUUGGAAUUGUCCCAUCACCAUUUGAUUGUUAUCAGGUUAAUCGAUCACUCAAAACUCUCGCCUUACGUAUGGAACAACAUUUUAAGAAUUCUGUGGCUGUAGCUAAAUUCUUGGAAGCUCAUCCUUUUGUCGAGAAGGUUUUGCAUCCAGCCCUACCAUCACAUCCCCAUCACCAAAUUGCCUUGAAACAGACCUAUGGUUACAGUGGUGUGUUCUCAUUUUACAUCAAAGGAAAUCUGGAACACUCAAAAGCAUUUUUGAAAAACCUUAAAAUGUUUGCCUUGGCCGAAAGUCUUGGAGGAUAUGAAAGCUUAGCUGAAUUGCCUUCCGUCAUGACACAUGCAUCUGUGCCUGCAGAAGAUCGGAAAAAAUUGGGCAUCUCCGAUUCUUUGGUUCGCUUAUCAGUUGGCAUUGAAGAUGUGGAUGAUUUGAUCGCUGAUCUUUCGAAUGCUUUAAAAAUGGCACAAAAUAUUAAGAACUAAAAUACAUAUGCAUUUUUAUUGUAUAUAUCUUUUAUAUAUUGUUUUUUAGUUUGAUAUUAAACAAAUACAUUAUAAAAAAAUGUAUAUCUAA